AUGGCUUUUUCUCAGAGUCCAUUGACUUUCACGGAUGUGGCAAUCAGUUUCUCCAAGGAGGAAUGGGAAUGCCUGGACACUUCUCAGAGGGAUUUAUACAGAGAGGUCAUGUUGGAGAACUACAGCAACCUGGUUUCUGUAGGCCUUUCUGUACCAAAACCAGAGCUAGUCACCUGUCUUGAAAAGAACAAAGAACCCUGGAUCAUGAACAUAGGGGAAGUAGAAGGUAGAGACUCAGCUCUGUCAUUUUACCAGACCCAGGAGGUCUCACAACAGAAAUACAAACAAGAUUCUUUACAGGAAGAAAGAACAGGGUUAUUCGAAACUAUUGGUCUUGACAUGUUACAUACAAGGAAGUUCUGGGAUUAUCAUGGUGACAACAGAGAAUAUGAGUCAUGUUAUCAUGAGAGUGAUGUUUAUGACAAACAUGCCGAAGGCAUUAUUUAUGAAAAACAUCAAGAACCUCUGUCUUUUGUUAAUUCCUCCAAACUUCAAUGUCAUAGGAGAAUACAUACUGGAGAGAAACCUUACAAAUGUGAUGACUGUGGAAAGUCCUUUGUUCAGGCCUCCCAUCUUCAAUAUCAUAGGAGAAUCCAUACUGGAGAGAAAUCUUAUCAAUGUGAUGACUGUGAAAAGUACUUUAGAGAUGAAUCAUCUCUUCAUGUUCAUCAGAGAAUCCAUACUGGAGAAAAACCUUAUAAAUGUGAUGAAUGUGGAAAGUCCUUUGUUCAAUUCUCCCAUCUUCAAUGUCAUAGUAGAACCCAUACUGGAGAGAAACCUUAUAAAUGUGAUGAAUGUGGAAAGUCCUUUGUUCAAUUCUCCCAUCUUCAAUGUCACAGGAGAAUCCAUACUGGAGAGAAACCUUAUAAAUGUGAUGAAUGUGGAAAGUCCUUUGUUAAGUCCUCCCAUCUUCAAUGUCAUAGGAGAAUCCAUACUGGAGAGAAACCUUAUCAAUGUGAUGACUGUGGAAAGUACUUUAGAGAUGGAUCAUCUCUUCAUGUUCAUCAGAGAAUCCAUACUGGAGAAAAACCUUAUAAAUGUGAUGAAUGUGGAAAGUCCUUUGUUAAGUCCUCCCAACUUCAAUGUCAUAGGAGAAUCCAUACUGGAGAGAAACCUUAUAAAUGUGAUGACUGUGGAAAAUCCUUUGUCCAGUCAGCCAAUCUUAAAUGUCAUAGGAGAAUCCAUACUGGAGAGAAACCUUAUAAAUGUGAUGACUGUGGAAAAUCCUUUGUCUGGUCAGCCAAUCUUAAAUGUCAUAGGAGAAUCCAUACUGGAGAGAAACCUUAUCAAUGUGAUGACUGUGAAAAGUACUUUAGAGAUCGAUCAUCUCUUCAUGUUCAUCAGAGAAUCCAUACUGGAGAAAAACCUUAUAAAUGUGAUGAAUGUGGAAAGUCCCUUGUUAGGUCCUCCCAUCUUCAAUAUCAUAGGAGAAUCCAUACUGGAGAGAAACCUUAUCAAUGUGAUGACUGUGAAAAGUACUUUAGAGAUGAAUCAUCUCUUCAUGUUCAUCACAGAAUCCAUACUGGAGAAAAACCUUAUACAUGUGAUGAAUGUGGAAAGUCCUUUGUUCAAUUCUCCCAUCUUCAAUGUCAUAGUAGAACC